GUAUCAUAAUAAUCAUUCAUAUCAUCAUGUCAGACAGAGCCGCAAAACGAAGAUUCCAGGCUACUAAUGAUCGUCAAUGCAAUUGUGACUGCGAUUGUGCAAAAGCAGCUAAAAAUUUGGAGGAUCGUUUUAAAAUAUUGACGGAUCUGGUGGUUAACAUAUCCAACAAAAUAGAUAGCGUUCAAGAACAAAAUAAUGAAAUGCAACCGCAAAUCUCAGCUCUUCUUCAAGCAGUGGCAGAGGAAAAGGAGUCUAACAUGACUCUUCAGCAACGUGAUGAUAUUCCUGUGUUAACCAUGUUUCCUAUAAAAUCUGCAGAAGAUAUGACAAAAAUUGAUAUGGGAAUAAAUAGUCAAAAUAAAAAUCAAUAUACUUCAAUUAUAACGUGUUUACUGCAACCGAAUGGAGUUGAAAAACAACUAAAAAACGUUCUAACUGAUGAUUUUGUGAUGGAGCAUAAUGUAGAUGGUCUUCAGGGAAAAUUAGCGAUUAAGUCGUAUAAAAACAUAUAUGAAGUUCUUAUUGAGGCAAUUGACGCAACAUGUGGAACCGGAUCUUCGGAAGAUCAGUUGCGCAGGGCAUUACAAAGACAAAAGAAAAGAGUUUUCCGAAGAAGAAGCCACCCAGUGAAAACUGAGACCACCGAAACAUUUGAAUCGGUGUAUUUUUAAAAAAUUAAAUGGUUCAAUUUCCAUCUUAAAAUUAAAAUAAGUUUAGAUUGAUUCCAAAUCAUCAGCUGAAUUCGAAACAAAAAGAUUGAAUAAAGUUAAUACAUUGCUUUCUCA